GUCUUUUAAACUUUACAAACAAAAAAAAAGUCAUUUUGGACCAUUUGUGUUGGUCUAGUCACCCUUAAACCUCAUCCUGACUUAAUGUAAAGAAAAACUUUACAUUAUUAUAUAAGGUUUACAUUGUCAAAAUGUGAAAACAAAAAAAAUGGACAUACAAGUUUUUGUAGGACCAUAAUGAUGUGUAUAUUAUUCUGUCUUCAAGAAAGACAAGAAAUGUGUUUAGUCUUUGCUUUAGUAUUUUCAUAAGCAUAUUAAUCCAGAUCUUUUGGUAUUUUUGUUUGUAUCAUCUCAUGUACCAAUAAAUAUAACCUACCUGGAAGGUAAAAUCUGGUUUCCGCAAUGCUCUAGUGCUUUUAAGAAAUGAAUUCCCUGUCUUUAUUCUCCUUAUAGAAGUUCUACACAGUGUUUGUUGUUUGGUAAAGACAUGAAUUGUGCAACAUGGUUUCAGAGUCUGAGAAAAAUACGUUCUCCAGUUACAGCAUCCACUUCUCCAUUAUAUAAUUUACUUUAUCUGGUUAUGUGUAACUGUUCCUCUGGGGAAUGUGGGCCAAAAAUAGAAUCUUAGAUUUCUUCACCUCUGCACAAUAGAAUAGUGAGACCACACAGGCAUUGAGUAACCAAUUAUGCAUUGUUCCGCUGAGCAUGUGACCUGCUUAAUGACCAAUACGUAUGAAAAUGUUCAGCACCAUAAUCCCCCUGCCCCUCCUCACCCUGUCUCAGGAGGGAUAAAACUGUUAAGUGCCAAGCAGUCUAGAGAACGACCACGUCGGCCCUCGAGGAUGGUUCUCCUGCAGUUCCUCAGUUUCUUUUUCAUCGGUCUGACCACAGACGAAAACGAGAAAAACGGAAAAAAGAAGACGAAAGAUGAAAAGUAUGACAUUUCCUUGUUUAAAAGGGGGGACCUCCUGGAGGUGCCUCGAACCCUUUUCACCCAUUUUGGGAUCUACCUGGGGAACAACCGUGUGGCUCACCUCAUUCCAGACAUCUUACCGGUUAUCUCGGCUGACAAGAGUGCCAUCGCCAAGAUGGUGACCAACAACCGGCUGAUUCUCGGAGCUAUAACGAAGCAGGCCAGCGUACGUGUGGACAAUAUAGAUGACUUUGCCUAUGGAGCAGAGAUCCUGGUGAACCACAUGGACGAGGUGUGCAGUCGGCCCCCGCUGGAGGGUGAGGAGGUGGCCCGCAGGGCGGAGAAGUUGCUGGGCUCAGUGGAAUACAGUCUGCUGUGGUACAACUGUGAACAUUACGUCAUGUACUGCAGAUAUGGCACCAGCAUGAGCUUUCAAACCUACCAGUUUUGUAAAGUGGUGAGGAAGAUUGUGCUGAGUAAGAUCAGCUCGGUCCUGACUCUCCUGCUGUCUCUGCUCACUUUAGUGUAUCUGGGCUGUCUGUCUGUCCAUGGUGUCCUGCUAACAGCCGUCAUCCCCUUCGCCAUAUGGAUGGCAUCGUGAUUGUCUUGUGUGUCGAGAGAGGGCGAGAUUUACAUUAAUAUCAGUAACUUAUUACACAUCAUUAUUAAAUGCACAUUAUGCAGCUUCACCGAUUGGUUCAGGCUGUGAUUGAUCACUAUUUGCUAAAGGCGUUAGUGGUGCUCCUAAAAUGGUACGGGGUCAACAAUCUGAAAACUGUUCGGAGCAAAAGGAUGAUCAGGAGUUCCUGAUUGAACACACACAGUUCUGGUGUUAUCAAAAGUAAUUUAUUAUUAUGUUACGUUCAAGUGCUAAACAAUAGAGAUUUAUGUUGUAAGAGUUAUUGUUGUGCUGAUUCUUCAAUCUCAACUCUGUUACUUUAACUUGUUUAACAACAUUCACAUUUUUAAUCACUGUGGGCAAAUAUUCUUAAAAAUGUAAAAUGAGUGUGAACAUGUGAAAUUGCACAAGAAAAGACAAAAUAAUUAUCUUUAAUUUUUUUAAUUACAUAAUUACAGUAGCGCAGGCAAAAUGCCACGCCAAGCAUGUAAUCAAUCAUUGGCAGUCUUUGUGCAAAAUUGUAAAAGUGCUAUUAAUUUUUUUUUCCUUACUGUACUUCAAUAAACAUAUUAAAUCUAA